AUGGCGACUAUCGACACGCUGCCGAAUGAGAUUCUCUCGUUGAUAACGAGCCAUCUUGAACGACCGCGGGAUUUACUUUACCUCUCUUUUGCAAGCCGCCGGUUGAGCGAGUUCGCAAAGCUCGAUGGAUGGAAAGCUUUGCUCAGAGGCCGCUUUGGCCUGAGCGGUCUGGACGCGGAUGCCUACAACGCCGUCCACGGCGUGACAACAUUAUGCCGAAACUGGGAUAGAAGAGGUCUGAUCGCAAGGUACCUAGAGCCAACGGAGAAGACGAUGAGCAUGAAUACCUGGCGAGCCGAAAGAUGGAGGGGUCCACAGGGUCAGACAAUGGGCUAUCAACCUAGCAUUGACAGCUAUGAAGAGAUAUAUGGAUCGUGGGGAGAAAGAAAAGAAGUAUUGGCAUGGUCUGCCGGUACGCAAAUUGUUAUGCGUACGAAAGAGACAGGUGCGAACAUCGAGAAGAUCAGACAACGUGAAGAGGGGCUCGACCAGGCGCCUGACCAGACGUGGAGGUAUGACGCGUUCAGACACUUGAAUACGUGGUUCACGUAUAAGAUCCCAGACAGCUCUGAAGGUCGCGACGACAUCGUCAACUUGAAGUUGCUCCGUCCGCAUCAACGGGAUUUAGCCUCCGAAGACAUCGUCUUUGGGACGGCAUCAGGCCAGCUAUCGGUACUCAGCGCCAGUCCUGAUUUUGCAGAGACGCGGGUGCAAAACUAUAAUACCGACCGUCCUAAUGUCUUUGAUGAAACCAGAAAACGAGCCAUCGCCGAACUUUCGAUAUCGUCUUCGAGCACGCCCUUGUUAGCCACCGCACUUUCGGAUACAUCGCUAGCGAUUUACCCUAUCGAUCGUCACAACUUCUCGGAUGAAGCGAUUAGACCCUCUUCCACAACAAAGACCGUAUUAGACGGAAAACCACAACGUAAAAUAUGGUCAUGCGAGUUUAUAAGCGAUGAUGCUGUCGCCAUUGGAUGGGGUCCCCACGCCGAACCUAUCGAGGUCUACCACAUUGGGCCCGAAGGCUUUGUAUCAGAGCCUUUGCGUCGCUUCACUGUGGCCAGCGAGAGCCUGGCGCAUUCAAAUCACACGGCGGUUUAUUCUAUACUCCCAGUACCCAGCACAUCACCGGGCGCAUCGGAAGCGGGUCACACUUUCCUGUCUGGCGGCUACGAUGGCAUCGUUAGGCUGCAUGACAUGCGCUCACCACGCGGCUUCGAACAGAUCUUUUGGGAUCCAACAAACGAUUCGGCAGUAUACUCUCUUGCCGCACAAGGGCGAGAACGCUUCGUAGCAGGUGUAGCUCUACACAGCAUGAUCAAGGUGUUUGACCUGCGCUUGUCAGGCUCGCAUUCAUACCACGCUGUUUCUCUACCCAGCAGCAAACCGAAAGGCAAGGCAGUUUCGCGCGACUCGGCCACCAACACCGUCGAUGAUAACAAAAGCCAAAGUUCAAGAAAAAGUGGCGGCUGGAAUCUUUACCUCAAGCCCCGCAACCCUGUCUCACGCGCGCAGCAAAAUUCCCCCGUCUACAGUCUUUCCAUUCCGUCGUCGACAUCACUGAACUUAUAUGCCGGUCUUGAAGGCGCCGUCCAAAAUCUUACUUUUCACGGCAUCGCGGAUACAUACCCGGAUCCUAUGCUGUCAUACGGCUUGGUCCGACAUCACAACAACAUUGAUGUUCGCAAAUCUUAUAACCCAGACGGUGGAGUCAUGAACUUGGGUAUGUAUGAGCAAGGUACGGAAGAAGGAAUAGGGAUGCAGUUGUUGGUUCAGGGCGGUGUGACGGCUAGCGUCGUACGCAAAGAACGGAGAGACAAGGCAAUGGCUAAAGGGAUAGACGAACGCUGGAUCGACUUGAGGGAUGAGCAGGAUAGGUGGUCCGCGGGUGAGGUGCCACCGCCACAGGAGGAGCCACCGAAUGAGUCGAGAACGGGUGGAAGAAGACGCAGACGACCUGGGAGAGAACGUGGAUAA